GACUAUUCAAAACAUAAUGUACCAAAAGUUUGUUGUAGAUAUUUUUUUUUACAUAAUUCUAACAUAAAGUACAAUGAAUAACGACACGGAAAAAAUAUUUUUAUCAAAUCCUUCUAAAGAUUCUAAAGAAGCUGAAACACAAGAUGAAAAUGAACCUGAUACAAGUCGAAUCAAUCUCGAAAAUAUUGAAGAUUUUACAAAUGUCUGUCGAACCUGUGCAGCUGUUACAGAAUUUGUUGUACCAAUCUUCAUAGGAGAAGGUUUACAGAAUAAAUUAGCUGAGAAAAUACAUAAAUAUCUUUCCAUUCAGGUAUCAGAAGAGGAUGUAUUACCCCAAGUGGUUUGUUACCAAUGUGUCAGCACACUUAUAUCCUGGCAUGAUCUCGUGCAGAAUUGUACGCUGGCUGAUACCGCACUCAAGAAAAAGCUUACGGAACUCCUUGAAGAUGAAAACAGUAAAAUCCAUGAAAAAAUAUAUGAAAUGAGAGCAAAAGGAAAUAUAACAAUGAAAGAAAUUAAGGUCGAAGUAGAAGUGGAUACAAAUGAACUCGAAAAUAACGUCUCCCUUGACACAGGGAAGGAAAUCAAACCCCUUACAAUAACAAAUGAAAAUGGGAAAAAGUACGCUCACUGCAAUAUUUGUGGCAAAAAUAUUUCAAUCGGAUCGUGGAAACGGCACAUGCGUGCGCACAUCGGAGAGAAAAGAUACAGUUGUCAUACUUGCGGGCUAGCGUUCAAUGACAGCGGAAAUCUGGCUCGUCAUAGCAAAGCCAUACAUGCAAAACACCGACCUUUCUCUUGUACCGUAUGCGACAAAACCUUUUCAAGGAACGCUCACCUUCGGGACCAUAUGAAAUCCCACUCGGAGAGCAGAGACUUUGUCUGCGACAUUUGCGGCAAAGCGUCCAAGUCUAGCGCGGCGCUUCGCAUGCAUCGGAAAAUUCACCAACAAGAGUGCAAAUUCAGCUGUAUAAAAUGCGGUGCAAAGUUCAAACGAGGCGGGGAACUAAGGGCGCAUGUCACCGUCCAUACAGGAGAAAAAGCUCACACGUGCUCCUGCGGCAAAUCUUUCCGUCUUCGCAGUCAACUUAACGCUCAUUAUAAAACACACGGCUUGACGAGCCCGAUUUGUUACAGGUGUAAGGAUUCCAUAGAAUUCGUUGGGCUAUCUAUCGGAUUCAACAAGCGUAUAGGAGACAAUAGAAAAAUUUGCGAAUACUGCGGCGUCAAACAAAGCGAAGAGGAUUACCCCGAGCACUUGAUCUCUAUGCAUUCGGAGGAUUUGCUUCCUUUCCGCGAACGCGAUCCAUUUCAAUACGUCAUAAGCGACGACGAUGAUGUAUACGAAGAAGAAGAACCCACAAGAAAACGUAGACAAACAAAACCAAUGGAAAAACCUACAACGACAGGACCUGCGAAACAAGUUACGAAUGCACCAUCUGCGGAAAAAACUGAAAAGCCUAAUUCCUCGGUAAAUGCUAAAAAAACAGAAACCGCAAAAAAAACUAAAAACUCACAAGCCGCGAAAAAACCUAAGAAUUCGGAAACCGCAAAUAAACCUAAAAAUACAGUGACCGUAAAAAAAACUAAAAAUACAGAAACCGCGAAAACCCCUAAAAAUUCAGAACCCACGAAAAAGCCAACAGAGAAAAAAAAGCGCCAAACUAAUAACAACAAAACAUGCACUCCUAAACCCAAACCAGGUGAUAAAAAAGAAACCACACAAAAAAGGACUAGAAAACCCAGGAGUUCACAAGUCAGUAAGGAACAGAUAUCAAAUGCGGUUUCCAAGGCGAUUAAAGAAUUGCAAGAGAAGCAAAAAGAAAACAAACCUGCGCCAGUAGAAGUGGGCGAGGACCUUGAUACGCCGCUCGAAAUUAACGGUCCCAGCAAACAGGUCGACAACGUCGAGAUAUUCAUGGAGAGCGUCGGUAAACUAAAGGUCAAGAGGAAGAAGAAGCCGCGCCGCUGCAAGUACUGCCCCCGGGUGUUCACCGUCCCGUCCAGCUACACUUAUCACGUAAAAAGUUCGCACGGAUUUGAGGAAGUGGAAUGCGACAUGUGUAACAAAAAGUUCCGAAACAAGCAAGUUCUCACGCAGCACAUAAGUGUCAUCCACAUUGGCAUAAAGAAGAACUUCGAGUGCAAGUACUGCCUGAAGACGUUCUUCACGCGGGCAAACUUAUACGGCCACGAGCAGAUUCACCUGGAUAUGAAUAAAUGGCCUUGCAGUAAAUGCAACCGCUCGUUCCGCUGGCGCACGCAUCUUCUGCGUCACAUGAAGAGGCACUCGGAGGAUCGAUCGCUGGUCUGCCAGACGUGCGGCCGGCGCUUCAAUGUGGUGGAUGAUCUGCGUCGUCAUCAGAAGACACAUACCAUACACCACCAUAUCUGUUCUCACUGCGGCCAUCGCUUCUCUCAGCUCAGGUACCUCCGAGCUCAUUUGAUCAAGAAACAUAAAGAAUACAUCGCUGGAGAUUAAUUUUUUCCUAAUUUAAAUUUAUUUGAUAUUAUUUUACAUUAAGACUGAUUAUUUUAUUAUGUA